UCCUUCUGUUUGUUUUGUUGCGGUCAUAAAUACAGUACAAAGGCUCGGUCUGACUCAACACCAGUGUAACUAGAACAAAGUCAUCAAUGGACGUGAAGGACAGAGUUGCUUGGCUUUACUUCAUGUUACAUCAGUUGUUGUGAGGAGUAAUGUUACACAAGCUUCAUGCAAAACACACAAAAACAGAUCCUCCCCUCAGUCUGAAACUGUCUGAUUAAUGAUAAGAAAGCAGCUGCCACAGCAGAAAACGUGAGUCAUCUGCCCUGGUUCCCACAUCCAUCAAAGUUGAGCACUGGUGCAUAUGUAGACCUUAAACUAGUAUAUGAAUAGUUGACGUGUCGAGCAGGGGUCAUGUGGUGGCAUGCUAUACAUAUUCUAAACUGUUUAAGACAACAUUUUUCUAAAUCUUAUUUAAAUAUAAUACAUGUACUUAUAGCACCUCUUAAUAACUGAAAUACUACAUGUACGAUUUGUACAAUUGUACUAUUGAGACGCAGGUACUAUUACUUAUUUCUUAGCUAUUAGUAACCAUGCCAAUGAACACACAAACACAUACAAAUAUUAUAUAGUAACAUUAAAAAAUUAAGAACCUAAAUUUGUUAUUUAAAAUGUAAUUACAUGCAUAUAAUAAAUAGCUACUAAUGAUAUUAAAAUGAAAGCUAGUUCCUCGGUUGUAAAAUAACUAUUAAAACACAUACUACCUUAUUAUUAGUGUUCAAUAUUCAGAGGUAAUCUUGACAGGUUGAUUAUUUUAGUAACAAAGCCAUUAUAAUGUUUGCAUUUUUAAGUAGUUUUUCUCCCUCAUUUUUAUUUUAAAUUGGUUACAUUGGUAAUUCUCUUGUAUAUUUUUGUCAUAUGAAUUAGUCUAGCUUUAGAUAUUUUAGUACAUCAAGGAAGUAAAGUUUGUUCAUUGUUUACGUGGUGUUUAAACUUUGGGACCAUGAACAAAAAAAGUUGUCAAUAUAUGAAACAGACUUCCUCAUUCUCUGAUCUAUGGAUCUCCUCCGUGUCUCCCUCCUUUACUUCUAAAGGGAAAUCCCUCUGUGUUGCGCUAAUAUUUCAUCAGGGCAUACGUUUAUGCACUGCCCCACGCGCAUGAUGACAAUCCAGACCUCAACGUAAUGCCGGUAAGGAUGAGAUCCCUCGUCCUUUGCAUCUCGUUUGCACUCCAGUGCUUCGUUCUCCAAAGCGCAUCAGAGUAUUCUUCAAAAUCCGAGCUGGAGUACGAAUUCGGCGACUAUCGCGGCAAGUUCUGCAUCGACGACCAAGGUUUUGUUUACAGCAUCGGAGAGGUCUAUUACCCGAGCUCCACAGCGUGUCCCUGCACCUGCACAGAGGAUGGACCCGUGUGUGUCCGACCCAAGUGCCCGCGUAUACACCCGAGAUGCACUCGCAUCAAAUACAGGUCCUGCUGCCCCGUGUGUGAAGCUGUCAGUAAAGUCUGCGUGUACGGCGGGAAAACUUACAGAAUGCUGGAGGAAUUUAGGCUGUCACCCUGUGAGCGCUGCCGGUGCGAAGUCAACAGAGAAGUUUACUGCACCAUAUCCGGCUGCCCUGCCUUACAUUGUGUGAAUCCUGUAUACGAACCCAACCAUUGCUGUCCCGUGUGUAAAAAUGGGCCAAACUGCUUUGCUGGAAACCGCGUGAUCUCGGCUGGAGAGCGCGUCGAGAUUGACGAGCAGACGGUGUGUUUCUGCACCUACCGGGACGGAACGUGGCAGACGCACCCUCACGCUACCUGCGAGGAGCGCCAGCGAGCAGACAAUGAAGCCACCGACUCCGACGGCACAUCUAAACAGAUGGAGGAGCAGGAGAUGGAGAAAGAGAAAGAGAGAGUGUUCUUUCCCAGGUUGGAUGCCAUCCCGUGAAGCGAAGUGUGCCUGGCAGCAGCUCUCCUGACAGGCAGGAGGGGAUGCAGAGCACCGUGCAGGUGUCUGUGCCCAGGGUAAACACAACCUGCGCUGGGAUAACUGCCAAUGCUGACCUCUCUAGCCAACCUCACCACCCCCUCCAUCCUGACCCAGAUCGGCAACCCACUGACAAGCAACAUGCACUAAUAAAAUGUUCCAUUAUUAUACACGGCACACUUGUUGUUCAGAAAUUAGGAGUCUGUAAUGCUGAUAAUUCAGUUUUGCCAUCACAGGAAUAAAUGACAUUUUAAAAUAUGUUCAAAUAGAAAGUAGUUAUUUUAAAUUGCAAUGAUAUUUCACAAUAUCGCUUUCUUUGUGAUCAACCAAAUGCAGGUUGAGACUCACUUAAAACAUUUUCAAAUCUUACAGACGCCACAUUUUUGAAUGGUAGCUUAAAUAUGUGUAUAUUACUGUAUAUCACGUUGUCCACUUCUUACAAAGAUGCAAUAUAAAUUAAAUAUGGAGCAUUGUAUUCCCCAUUUUCCCAACUCAUUUUAGAUGCAAGUUGUGUUAAUGGGCACAUUGCAUACUUUUAAAGUUAAUGAAAAUAGUUUGAUGUUUAAACGAUUUAUUCCAUGUCCCAUAUGCCACUUUGAUUAACAACUUCAAUGUUCGUUCCAAACUAAUACUGAAAAUAUCAUACUGUAUAUGUAACCAGUAAAAUUAUGUUCUCCUUUAAGAAGAUUAACCUUCUUGUUUAAAAAAGAAGUGGAGCAUGCAAUAAGAAACAUAUUUUCAAAGGGCUGGUCAAAUGGAAACAUAAUUAGAGUAUUAAAGUCAUCUCAGGUUUCA